GCUUGGCUUCACAGAAAACAAGUGUGAUUAGACUUUCUUUUAUUGGGCGCGUUUCCUUUUUAUGCGGUUUUGUUGUUAAAAAGGGAGGUUAAUUGGACUUGAGGACUUGUUGGCUCCUUUCUCCGGUAUUUCUACGCGCUGUGUCAGCCCAGCUGUUUGCGCACCUGAGUCCGCCGCACACUUUUGUGCAGCGUCAACAUGACUUUCACGCAUCUGAGCAGCUGAACUAUCAUGGUGACAUUAGUGCUAACCGGUGGCAUGCCCGCUGUGGUGAAUCCUGCUAAAUGCGCAAUAUUUCACUUUGGAAUAAGCAGCGGAGUCCAGGUGUCAUCAGGGAGAGCUGAUGUGGCCGUUUGGAGGAGCGCACCACUCUGUGGGAUUUGACAGAGCGCAGGAGUUUGGGAUGCAAGAGAAACCUUAGAGAGACAUUUCCCCCCUCAGCUACUUUUACCUGGAUUGAACACGAGGAGCCAUGGCCUCUCAGGUGGUGUGCGGGCUGGUCUUCAGGUUGCUGCUGCCACUGUGUCUUGCAGCUGCUUGCCUGUUCAGGUACAACGCCCUGUCCUUCAUCUACCUCAUCUAUCUCCUGCUUCUCCCACUCUUCGCAGAGCCCACAAGCACAACAAUGCAAGGCCACACAGGGCGUCUGCUGCAGUCCCUCUGCUUCACCAGUAUGUCCUUCGUGCUGCUCCACAUCAUCUAUCAGAUUACCGUCAACAGCCUCUUGGCCGGGAACUCCAUCACCUCUGACUUCAACUGUUCCUCGUGGGAGAAAUCUAUCAGACAAAUUGGAUUUGAGAGCGUGAUCGGUGCAGAUGCAGGCAACGGCAUCCGAGUGUUCAUUCCCGACAUCGGCAUGUUCGUGGCCGGCCUCGCCAUCUGGCUGCUGUGUCGCACUCUGGUCCAGAAGAGGCCGCCUGAGGACAUGGCCCAGUACAACACCGACUUCGAAGCAGAGGAACAAGAAGAAGAGGAGAAGCUGAGCCUGGAAGACAACAUCCUGCUAGAGGAGGACUAUGAAGCGGGGUACGAGGCUGAGGAGGACGAAGAGGAGGAGGAGCUGGAUGAGGAGGAAGAGGAGGAGGAGGAGGAGGAGGAAGCAAAGGAGAGCACCAAGAGGAAGGUCCUGCGGAUCGUGGCGGAGGUGGCAUCCAAAGUGAAGGAGAUUAUCGGGAACUUGAUCACCACCGCUGGGAAGGUGGUGGUCACCAUCUUGUUGUGCAUGACAGGUAUCAUGCUGCCCUCGCUGACCUCGGCCGUCUACUUCUUCAUCUUCCUGUUCCUGUGCACCUGGUGGUCCCUCUGCCGGACCAUCGACACUCUCAUCUUCAGCUGCAUGUGCGUCCUGAUGGCCAUCUUCAGCGCGGGACACAUCAUCGUCCUCUACCUCUACCAGUUCCAGUUCUUCCAGGAGUCCAUCCCGCCACACGAUGGCUUCAUCAGUGCAUUUGGCAUUUCCCCCAUCAUUCAGAGCAACUGCUCCUACACAUGGAAGCUCAUGGUGCACCCGGAGCGUAAGUGGUACCACUUUGUCAGUCCCAUCAUGCUGCUGAUUCUCUACUACACCCUGGCCACGCUCAUCCGCCUCUGGCUGCAGGAACCCAUCGACCAGCUGACGGACGACAAGGACGGAGAUAUGUGCGAGGAGGAAGAUCUGGAUGGAAACAGAACGAAUAACUCGGCCAACAGGAAGAGACAGAUGUGGUGGGAAUCACGCCAGGGCACAGAUGAGAAAAAUGCUGUGCCCACCUCAAACGGGACGUCCUUCGAUUUUGUCACUGCUGAGAAUGGACCGGUCUGCGUGGACUAUGUCUACUCCACCCCGCAGUAUAAAAUGGACCAGCCCAGUGACGGUACAGAGAAGAAGGACGAGUGUGUGUAUGAAGUGUGUCUGCCCCCGGAGGACUCUGCGUUGGAGGGAGGAGAGGAGAAGUCUGAGGAAGGAGAGGACGGCAUCAAGAAAAAAGGAGUCAGUGCGAUGGUGAAAAUCUUCCACUUCAUCAUGAAACAGAGCUACAUCUGUGCUCUCAUAGCCAUGAUGGCGUGGAGCAUCACAUACGUCAGCUGGCUGACGUUCGUCUUCCUCAUGUGGUCGUGCUGGCUGUGGAUGGUGAGGGACCGGAGGCGCUACGCCAUGCUGUCUUCUCCCUUCAUGGUGGCCUACGGGAACCUGCUGAUAGUCCUGCAGUACAUCUGGACUUUUGAGAUCAUGGAAGAAGUCCCGGGGUUCUUUGUAAAGAAGAACAACCCCUUCCAUUCACUUUCAUCCAAGGUCCUAUGUCUGCUGAGCUUCUGGCUGCUGCUGAGACAAACGCUUACAGAGAAACGGGAAAAACAAAAAGAAGACAGUGCCGUUCUCUCAGAUGUUCAUGUGGAGGAUCAGAAGAAGAAGGAGGAGGAGGAGUCUGAGGAGGGAGGGGACCAGGACAUCAUAAAGGUUCUGGGCAACAUGGUCAUGGCUAUGCUGGUUAAAUACUGGAUCUACAUCUGUGGUGGCAUGUUCUUCUUCGUCAGCUUCGAGGGAACCAUCGUCAUGUACAAGAUCAUCUACAUGAUGAUGUUCCUCUCCUGUGUGGCGGUCUACCAGGUGCACUACGAGUGGUGGCGGAGGAUCCUGAAGUACUUCUGGAUGGCCGUGGUGGUCUACACCAUGCUGGUCCUCACACUGGUCUACACCUUCCAGUUUAAAAGCUCGCUGAACGUCUGGUACAACAUGACGAAGAUGGAAAAAGAGAGCUUGGCGGACUUGGGUCUGGAGAGGUUUGACGUCCCCAAGCUGUUCACCAGGAUUUUCAUUCCCACAUCCUUCUUGCUGGUGUGUAUUCUCCACCUGCACUACUUCCACGACCGCUUCCUCCAGCUCACAGACCUGCAGGCUGUCGUGGCCAAAGAGCAGAGCACUAUCUACAGACUGGUGCACCCGGAUGGCAGCCUGGCAGACCUCACCAUGCUCAGUGCCAGCUCUGUGGCAGCAUCGCUGUCCAGAGAGGAGCAGGAGAAGCAGGAGAAGCAGGAGGAGCAAGAGGAGCAGGGGGAGUGGGGGGCGGAGAAGGAGAAGGAGCAGCCCCUGGUGGUGGUGAUCAAUGACAUUGACGUGAGUGGCGAGAAACCCAGAACCUUCUCCGACCAGCGGCAAUCCAGCACGGAGGGGAGCCUGCAGUGCAGUUUGGGGACGGAACCAGAGCCGAGCACCGAGCAGAGCUCAGAUCUGAAGAACAAAUGGCACCUGGUGGUUGACCGUCUGACCGUGCUCUUCCUCAAGUUCCUGGAGUAUUUCCACAAGCUGCAGCUGUUCAUCUGGUGGUUACUGGAGAUCCACAUCAUCAAGAUCGUGGCCUGCUACAUUGUCAUGGUCUCUGUCACAGAGGUGUCUUUGUUGAACUAUGUGUUCCUGGCGUCCUGGGCCUUCGCUCUGCCCUACAGCCAGUAUCGGCCCCUUGCCUCCAGUGUUUGCACUGUGUGGACGUGUGUCAUCAUCGUAUGUAAAAUGUUGUACCAGCUGAAGUCUAUAGACCCUAAAACCUACUCCAAAAAUUGCUCCAUGCUUGAAAACUACACAAAGGAACAGGAAACUGAGCUAGAAAACUCUACACUGUAUCAGAAAGUGGAUCCAGCCAAAUGGGUGGGCCUGGAGAAGUCUGAUGACUUGCUGCGCUAUCUCAGGAACAACCUCUUGAUGCUGGCUCUGUUAGCGUUCGAGGUGACCAUCUACCGCCAUCAGCAAUACUUCAGACUGAGGAACAAACUGCUGCCUCCAGCUGCCAGGAUCAUCUUCCACAACACCACACGGGAGCAUCUGGACAUCGGCAUCAUCAACUUCAUCAAAUACUUCAUCAACUACUUCUUCUACAAGUUCGGACUUGAGACGUGCCUGCUGCUGGUGGUUAAUGUUAUCGGGCAGCGUAUGGACUUCUACGCCAUGCUUCACGCCUUCGCCCUGAUAGCUGUCAUGUACAGACGCAGGAGGAAAGCCAUCGCUGAGAUCUGGCCCAAGUACUGCUUCUUCCUGGCCAGCAUGCUGACUUUCCAGUAUUUUAUCUGCAUCGGGAUCCCACCAGCAGCCUGUAAAGAAUACCCCUGGAGGUUUCCCAAACAUAUGACGAGCUCCAAUGUGGUCAAGUGGCUCUAUAUUCCAGAUUUCAACACCCAACCCAAUCCAUUGUUCCUCAUCUAUGACUUCAUGGUGCUGCUGUGUGCCUCCAUGCAGAGGCAGGUCUUUGAGGAUGAGAACAAGGCGGCGGUCCGCCUCAUGGCUGGAGACAACGUGGAGAUCUGCAGAGACCUGGACGCAGCCUCUUUCAGCGUCCACAACCCCGUCCCCGACUUCAUCCACUGCAGGUCCUACCUGGACAUGCUGAAGGUCAUCAUGUUCAGCUACAUGUUCUGGUUUGUCCUCACCAUCAUCUUCUUUACGGGGACCACGCGCAUCAGCGUCUUCUGUAUGGGCUACCUGGUGGCGUGCUUCUACUUCCUGCUCUUUGGCGGCGAGUUGUUGCUCAAACCAAUUAAAAAGAUCCUCCGCUACUGGGACUUUCUGAUCGCCUACAACAUCUUUGUCAUCACCAUGAAGAACGUUUUGUCUCUCCUGGCUUGUGGCUACUUCAAGUCUAUGGCUGCAAACAGUUGCUGGUUGGUCCAGUUGUUCAGUCUGGCUUGCACCAUCCAGGGAUACGAAUUACAUAAAGAUCCUAAUUGUGACUUGCCAAAAAACGAGGCCGGGAUCAUCUGGGACAGCAUCUGUUUCGCCUUCCUGCUGCUGCAGAGACGAGUAUUCAUGAGCUACUACUUCCUACACGUGGUUGCUGAUAUCAGAGCGUCGCAGAUCCUCGCGUGCAGAGGGGCGGAGCUCUUCCAGGCCACGAUAGUGAAGGCGGUGAGAGCCAGACUGGAGGAGGAGCGCAAAUCUGUGGAGCAGCUGAAGAGACAGAUGGAGCGCAUUAAGGUGAGGCAGCAAAAGUUUAAGAGGGGCAAGGAGAAGAUGCUGAGCCUGGCGCAGGAGUCUGGAGAAGGACAGACCCUCGUGCAGCCCGAGGAGGAUGAUGAUGAUGGAGCACAGCGAGCGAAAGCCAAGACCAAAAAAAAGCAGUGGUGGAGGCCGUGGGUUGACCAUGCUUCCAUGGUUAGAAGUGGAGACUAUUACUUGUUUGAAACUGACAGUGAGGAGGAAGAGGAGGAGGAGGAGAAAAAGGAGGAGGAACAGCCAAAGAAGUCGGCGUUUCAGCGAGCUAUUGGGAAGUUUGUCUCUGCUGUUCUGGCUUUGCCCAAGUCUCUCAUUAAGCUGCCUAGAACUAUUCUGCAGUAUGUAAUGAAGGCAGGCAAGUUUCUUUAUCACGCCUGGAUCACAGACCCUAAAGCCGCCCUGAGGGCCCGAGGCAAAGAGAAACGCAAGUUUUGGAAAAAAUACACCAAAGUAAUAAGAAAGAAAAAAAGCAAGAAAAGUAGUCAUGUGACCAUCGAGGUUGGUGAGCUCUCAGACGCAGAAAAAGGAGAUGAGAACAAGAAGGCUGAAGGUCCAGACAACGUCAUCAAGCGAGUGUUCAACAUCAUAAAGUUCACCUGGGUGCUGUUCCAGACGACGGUGGACAGCUUCACCAAAUGGAUGAAUGACAUGUGCAGAGAGUACAUCGACAUCUCCACGGUGCUGCGAAUAGAGCGCUGCAUGCUCACCAGAGAGGUCAAAAAGGGCAAUGUGCCGUCCAGAGAGAGCAUCCAUGUCUACUAUCAGAAGGCCAUGAGGCUCAACAUGUCCAGGCAGGCCAGCAUGGAUCCGCUCAGUGAGGACGAGUCGGCCUCAGGCUCCAGCAGGCGAAGAAGGCGAGCACGCUACCCGAUGGAGAGCCAGGACUCCACAGCCUCCAGAGACAGCUGCUCCAGCGCCUUCACCGAGGCUACCACUCUGUUUUCUCGCCAAUCCACCCUGGAAGACCUUGAUGGAAUGCCCGAGUGCAUUCCCAAAACCAGCGAGCGUGCCAGGCCCAAGCUGCGUAAGAUGUGCGGCAUGGACGUGUCCAAUUCAUCAAUGGACAGCUGCAGCAGCUUCGUGUCCAGUGAAGCAACCCAGUGUGUCACGCUCUACUCCAGACAGGGCACCACAGACACCAUAGAAGAAGUGGAGGAUGAGCAGGAUCAAGGGGAAGACAAGCAGCAGCAGCAGCAGCAGCAGCAGCAGCAGCAGCAGCAGCAGCAGCAGCAGCAGCAGGUUCCCUGGGAGUCCCAGGAGCUAGAUGAGAGUGAGGGGGCCGAGGCUGCUGGCUGGAGUGACGGAGAACCGAGGGAGAGAGAGGAGCAAGAGGAGGAGGAGAAGGAGGUAGGGGAGGAGGUUGAGGGGGAUGUGGACCCGGAGGAGCUGGAGGGUCAGGAGGGAGCAGAGGUACCACAAGACCAGGAGAGAGAGGAGAGAGAAGAGGCUCCCUGGGACUCCUUCGGCCCAGACGAGGGCCCCUCCCUCAGGCCGCAGGAGGCAGAGUCUGCUCCUUCUGCCCAGGAGAAAGACUUCACCACUGGGAGCGAGGACGAUGGAGGACAGCAGGACUUCAUGCAGACAGAGGGGCGAGUAGGAUUGCUCUACACCCCCGAUACAGAUGCUUCUAAAACGUCCGACGCCGACGUGCCUCCCAGCUACAGCAAGGCCGUCAGCUUCGACCGCCUGGAAGUGAGCGAUGACGAGAGCGACAUGGACAGGAAGAGGCGCAUGAUCAUGACCUCUGACAGCCGCUCAGACAGCAGGUCGGACAUCAUGCUGCCCUCUAUGACCACUGAGCUGACCGCCAGCGAACUGCUGCUCAACAAGAUGUUUUAUGAUGAGGAGCUGGAGCAGUCAGAUAAAUUCUACCAGAAGCAGCCUCUGAUCCUCCAGCUCAGCUACGCCCUCUACAACAUGCUGGUGGCCCACUCAGAGAUGGUCUGCUACCUGGUCAUCAUCAUCAACCACAUGGUGUCAGCCUCCUGCGCCACCCUGGUGCUUCCCACCACCAUCUUCCUCUGGGCCAUGCUGUCAGUGCCCCGGCCCAGCAAGCGCUACUGGAUGACCGCCAUCGUCUAUACCGAGGUCACCAUCGUCAUCAAGUACUUCUUCCAGUUCGGCUUCUUCCCCUUCAACCAGAGCCAGGCCUUAAAUAAAAAUAAGCCGUAUCAUCCUCCAAACAUCAUCGGAGUGGAGAAGAAGGAAGGCUACGUCCACUACGACCUGGUCCAGUUACUGGCUCUCUUCUUCCACAGAUCCAUUCUGAAGUGCCAUGGUCUUUGGGACGAGGACGACACCAAAGAGAAAGAGAAGAGAGAGCCCUCUCGUCAGAGUGAGUCCGAGGACGAGGGGAAGGAGAAGGAGGAGAGUGAGAAGGGGUCUGAGCACGCCUCCUCAGUGAUCAGUGAGGGGAGAAGCUCCACUCACACCUUGAGGUCCAUAAACUUUGGGACUUCUAUUGAUUCAGGACACGUCCAGGUGCACUACCCGCAGCAGCAGACCUACCAACGCCGCAAGAGCUCCAGCGGAGCCUCGCACAUCUCUCACAGAUCUCUACACUCUUCAGCGAGGUCCAAGAGAGGAAGUACCACUUCCCACAACAGCAGCCACAAGGACGGCAGCGAAGCCAGCGUCCAUCAGAAGACACGCAAACAGAUGAUCAUGGAGAAGCUGAGGGAGCAGCUCCUCAAAGGAAAAGCUUUCAUCAUUAAGCGAUUCCUGGGGAUCUACCUUCCCAUGAGGCAGUUCUUUUACAACUUGAUCCACCCAGAGUACAGCGCCGUCACAGACGUCUACGUGCUAAUGUUCCUGGCAGACACAGUCGACUUCAUCAUCAUCGUGUUUGGAUUCUGGGCCUUUGGCAAACACUCAGCUGCAGACAUCACGUCGUCCCUGUCGGAGGAUCAGGUGCCGGGACCUUUCCUGGUCAUGGUUCUGAUCCAGUUUGGGACCAUGGUGGUGGACCGGGCCCUCUACCUUAGAAAGUCUGUCCUGGGCAAAGUCAUCUUCCAGGUCAUCCUGGUUUUUGGCAUCCACUUCUGGAUGUUCUUCAUCCUGCCAGGAAUGACAGAAAAGCGUUUCAGCGAGAACACCGUUGCUCAGAUGUGGUAUUUUGUCAAGUGCAUCUACUUCGGACUGUCGGCCUAUCAGAUCCGCUGUGGCUACCCCACCCGUGUUUUGGGAAACUUCCUCACCAAGAGCUACAAUUAUGUCAACCUCUUCCUGUUUCAAGGUUUCCGCCUGGUGCCGUUCCUGACGGAGCUGCGAGCUGUGAUGGACUGGGUUUGGACGGACACCUCGCUGUCUCUGUCCAGCUGGAUCUGUGUGGAGGACAUCUACGCUCACAUCUUCAUCCUCAAAUGCUGGAGAGAGUCUGAGAAGAGGUAUCCCCAGCCGCGAGGCCAGAAGAAGAAGAAGGUGGUGAAGUACGGGAUGGGAGGCAUGAUUGUAAUGCUGCUGAUCUGUAUCGUCUGGUUCCCGCUGCUCUUCAUGUCCCUCGUUAAGUCUGUAGCUGGAGUCAUCAACACGCCGCUGGAUGUGUCGUUUACAAUCACCCUGGCUGGCUUUCAGCCCAUCUUCACCAUGAGCGCUCAGCAAAAACAACUGCAUAACGUGACAGAAGUGGAUUUAAAAAAAUUUCUAGCGUUAUACAAAGAUGAUGAUACAGCCUUGGAGUGGCUGGAGGGCUACACGGCUCCAGACCUUACCAUUGCAGAGCUGAAGGGCAGCUCUAACUCUCUGUGGACCAUCAGUCCACCCAGCAGAGAAAACCUGAUAUCGAUGUUGAAAAGCGAUGAGGAUUUCCCCAUCACUGUGUCCUGGUCCGUGCAAAGAAACCUCACUUUUGGUGCCAAGGCUGAAAUAGCAUCAGGAAAAAAAGUUAAAAAUCUAGUAAGCGAAACAAAGGAAGAGCUCAUAAGGAUUCUCAGCCCUGAAAAACAUGAACAAAAUGAAAAACAAUCACACGUGAUCCUUCAUGAAAUUUUCCCUCGUUAUAUUCGAGCCCCCAGUGACUCAGAUUCCAAGCCUGUUGACCAACUUUAUAAAGAUGAAAAGAUGUUUAACAUAGAGUUGAAGUUAGAACGACAUGGGAACGGCACGGAGCGCCAGGAAUGGUGGACCGUUAAUCAGACGCAGGGGGCCCCGAUAAAACCGACCACAGAAGCAGUCCUGCAGCUCUUCGUAUUCAGCGACCAAGUCAGCCCACCCAGCUUGGGUUUUCUGGCUGGAUAUGGCAUCAUGGGCUUGUACGCCUCUGUGGUUCUGGUCAUCGGUAAGUUUGUGCGUGAGUUUUUCAGCGGCAUUUCCCACACCAUCAUGUUCGAGGAGCUGCCCAACGUGGACCGCAUCCUCAAGCUGUGCACCGACAUCUUCCUGGUCCGAGAGACGGGGGAGCUAGACCUUGAGGAGGACAUGUACGCCAAACUCAUCUUCCUCUACCGCUCGCCAGAGACUAUGAUCAAGUGGACCAGAGAGAAAACUGAGUGAAAGCUCAGCGACGGGAUGUUGAAUAAUGAAGGUCGGAGCUUUUCGGACAGGAGCCGAUCUGAUGGUGUGUGCAGCUAUUUCAGCCGAUUCACCUGCUGAGGGCCAACAUGUCCUCUUCACCUGAGCUCUGGUGGCAGUGAUAAAGUGUAUGCUCCACACUUGAACACUUGCUUGAGUUAUAAACUGGUAUUUUCUACUAUUUACUGAUGGAAAAACAACAUUUACAACGGAGGAAAGACUUGCAGGUACUGUAUUUAUCUCUGGCUCACUUCGAUUUUCAGUGGAUAAAAUAAGCAGCUGGUGUCCAGUUGGAGACGGAGAAAUCUUUUAAGACAAUUUUCCUAAUUUAUUUAAAGUUUUAUCCCGAAAAUAAAUGUAGGUUUUUAAACACAAAUGCCCAGAACCUUCAUCACUCUUCACGCCUGCCUCUUAACAUUUUCACUAUGGCACAGUAGGAGGAGGAGGAGGAGGAGGAGAGAAACUGGCUGCAACAUUAAUCUUUAAGGGCUUCCCACCAACAAAUAAGUGCACAACAACGACCACAUGAGCACAAUCUGUUAUUUUCUCGCAACUUGGAACGCUUGGACUGUGGGACUGUGCAAUAUUGAGCUCUCGUUCGUCCAAGUUUUUGAAGGAUGUGGAUGGAGAGAGAAGGCCGGUUCUGACUGAGAAACAUGAAUAUAAAGUUUUCUUUUUUUUAAAAAAAGGUCAGAGGCCACAUGGGAGCCUCCUGACGGAGAAAACAUUAUGAGACAAUCUUUACUUGCCUUAUUUUGUUUGUAUGAGAAGAACUGUUAUCAACUACAUACAUAUCUUUCUCAGGAAGAGCUGUUUUCACAGAUAUUCAUUGUAUGAGUUAUAUGUUACAAUAUGUAGGCUUUGAUGGAUCUAAAAGAAUGUAGAAAAGAUGAAAAUAUUUAAAUGGCAUGAAAUUUAAUGUGGAUAUUGUUUAGAUGGACUGAUACAGAGUAUGUUUACUGCACAGGGAAACAGUUUAACGCUGUAUUAAGAAAGUAAAAUAUGACUGUUUUCCUCACAGAGAUUAAUUGCCAAUUCAUCCAUGUUCUGAAUCAUCUACAGGUUGGCGAGAGUCGAGACCAGCAGAGGGCUGUUUCUGAAUCAGGGUAACGUGCAUUAGGUGGUGGAUUCUUGCACACACUUGUGAAACUCUCGCUGUUUUUAACAUUCACACCCAUGAACACUGUGGUGCAUUGUGUGCGUUCAGCCAUCAAGGGAAGAAACGAGCAGACACCAAAAAAAAGAUUCCUCACAUGAAGGGCUGAAACACGAAGCCCUUUGGUCCAAACUAUGCAUUAGAGGACAUUGUAGCAUGAUAGAAAAAAACUUCAUUAUUGCCAUGACUAAUUUUCAUUACAUGUACAUACAAGUUUAAAGGGGGGGACAGGUUACGGUGGAAUGAAAUGUGAAAUUGUACCUGUAUGUUUAAGGCAAUGUUAAGGUAUGAUAGAGGUCCAGAGAUCUGCAAAUAAAA